CUGCUUUGCAUACCUGUACUGUGAUUACAGCUUGGAGUCCAUCCAGUAUAUCUUGCAUCCAGGUUCCUCCACCGACACUCAUCUUCCUCGUAGGUACUACCACUGCCAGUGCAUGGAACGUGAAUCGAUCGUGCCAAGACUCCAUCUCACCACGGCCGCCAACGGAAACAUCACCAACUCACACUACGUACGGGACACUUCACAAGCCCAGGAUUGCAUUCACUUCUUGCCUUUGCGAGAUUUCCGGACAGUAGCAUGGAAAGUUUAAAGACAGCAAUCGGGCUCGGCGAUGCCACCACAGCUUCUGCCAACAAUGAGACCGCCGGACAUGAGCCAUUGAACGGUGUGUCGGGAGCGGGCACAGCAGAUCAGCCUUAUGAUUCUGGGAAUUUGGAAGAUUCGCAUCUCACCACUGGCACAACGAGUGACCAUACAAGUGAGUCAGAAUCCCAAGUCUGCCGGUCUUGUACGCCGCGGCCCUAAUUUGGUGUGUACUUGGCAGCUAUUGCCAACUCCAAAGAUGUUGCCGCACCUCUCAAAUCGCUCGCUACCGAUGAGAAGGAAGCAGCACCGGCUGGAGGCAUUCUGGGGAGUCUUGCGUCUGCCGUUGGACUUGGUGGAGCAGCGACUACAGACCCAUCCACCCAUGAGCAACAAAAAAAUUCAGUACCAGGCUCAUCGACCCAUGAGCAACAAACAACAGCAUUACCAGACUCCAGAACGACUAGCCAUGGCGAUGUCGAGCAGUCUCAUGGUGCCAGCACCCAGACCAGUGCAGGUACACGACCAUUGAACCAUGACAUUGGCAUGAGCAAACAUGACCCGGCAACCUCGAAUCAAGGCUUGCAGUUCGUGGGCGGAACAAGUACACCAACCUCAGCUGUCUCACGUGGCAACGGGCCACAAAGCCGUUCGGCAAUAUCAAAAGCGGUCGAUGAGGGCGCCCUCGAACGGCGUGAAGAUCCUGCCCACUCCGACAAGAGCUUGGCAUUUAUCUCUGCACCAAAGCAGACGCACACUACCGAUCCAAUAGUACCGAAGACGACCGAACAUGAGCCACAUUCUGGCACUUUGGGUGGCUACACCAUAGGCCAGCCCCUCGGCACUACGCAAAACAAGGCUGUUGAGCCUGUCUCUGCUGGCCUGCCUGUUGGUAUGGAUUCAAAGAAAACCGCCACGAUCGAGCCAUAUCCUACUCCCAAGGACCCUCAGAAUCUCAGCAACCCAACAGCAGCAGGCCCCGAUACAACGUAUAAUCCUCAACCGCUUGACCAGGACGGGGACAAGCCAGUGCAGACAGGACCAGCAUUCAUCUCGUCGCUAUUCAGUAAUCCGUUCAUGAAACGAGAGAAUGUUUCUAGUACCUCCGAGGAUGCUGACUUGGACCCCAAAUUCCAAGCUCCCCAGAUCUCAGCACCAUCAUCUGAGGCACAGGGGAACACGGCGCGCGUCCAGCCUGCUGAUGGCAAGGGGCCUGUGGCUACGCAGUCGUCAGCAGCAACCAAUGGGGCAGACUCGAUCGUGGUCGAGCCACGAGGAGACAGCGGUACGUUGCUGCCAAAUCACCUUGGCCCCAAUGUGCCUCCUGGUGCAGCAUCGCCCAAGCGCGAGAAGGGCAAAGGUAAGAUGUACGGUGAUGCCGAUAGCAUUAGCACACGAUCGAGUCUCACGAGGAACGAGUCUAUCACCACAAGCCAGACUGGUCCGUCGACUAUUGACAGUCGACGCUUUUCAUCGCACACCCCUGGCAAGAUACCAACGGCUGGUGGUAUCAUUCUGGGUGAAAGAGCCGGGCAGGAUCGAGAAAGGCGUGCAAGCCUUGCUCCUAGUGGUCAUUCGGCAGUGACAACCGAACCUCAUCAUGCCGGUCGAGAGUCCUUGCAGAAAGUUGCUGAAGACGCUGAGCAAACGCGAGUCGCGCCAGUAGCACCAUCUACACCAGCUGUCCGCUCUUCCAGCCCUACUGCGGCGCCAACAUCUACAACAUCCACACCAGCGGCACUGCCAAAAGACAGCACAGAUGCGUCAAAGUCUCCCACUUCUGGACGUGUGCCAGGUACAGAAAGCGGCAGCUUAGCCUCACCGACUUCCCCUCCUGCGAAUGCGUCUCGCUUCUCUGAACAAGGUAUUCGUGGUUCGGAUGUCACGUCUGAUAUUGCAGCUUCGUCAACACCGGCGGAGCGGAAGCCCAGUUUGGUCACUAGAAUUGGUCGGAAACUGAGCAUCAGAUCAAAACAUGGGAGGUCAGGCACUUCAGCGUCGACGUCGCACCCUGACACCAUAGCGGAGACGAAGUGAGCAUGAAACGAAGUCUCUUCACCGAGCCUAGAUAUACCCCUGUCGUACAUAGUACAUAGAGAGAAAAGGACUUAUGGAUAGCUG